UCAUCCUUCAAUCAUACCUUCAAUGGUGUCUUCUUCUUCAGCUUCAUCCAUUCCCAACACCAACUUCAAGUACGACGUAUUUCUGAGUUUUAGAGGUGAAGAUACUCGUAAGAGCUUCGUCGAUCAUCUUUAUGAGGCUCUUAAAGAAAGAAAGCAUUGAAACUUACAAGGAUGACAAGAACCUUGAGAAAGGGGAAAAAAUCAGCAAGGAGCUCAUUCAAGCCAUUGAAGAAUCACGAUUCCAUGUCAUUGUUUUCUCCAAGAACUACGCAUCUUCGUCUUGGUGCUUGGACGAACUUGUCAUGAUUACGGAGUGCCAAAAGAGGCAGACUGAGCAAACCCUUUACCCCAUCUUCUAUGAUGUGGAACCGACUGAAGUCCGUAAACAAAGUGGGGCAUUUGGAGAAACGUUUGCCAAACGUAGAAAAGAAGAGUUUGAAGGGAAAUGGAGAAAGGCUUUACAAGAUGCAGCAUCAUUCAGUGGGAGGGACUUGAGCACCAUCGCAGAUGGGCAUGAAGUUGAAUUAUCAAACUAGUUGUUAAGGAUAUCUCAUCCAAGCUACACGUUGUCAGCGCUGAUGGCAAUUUAAUAGGCAUGAGGACUCGGAUAAAUGGUGUGGUUUCAUCUUUAAACACCCAACACCGUUGAUUCUGCAUGCUACUUCUGAAAUAUUUGGAAUUAUCAUGAUGAAGCUGCAGCCCAAGAAGCAGCCCAGAAACAGCAGCCACGUCUGGCGGUUUUCUGGGAUCGAUUGGAAAAACUGUCGAGUGGGAGACGGGGACGAGAACCAGAGGAUAGAAAUAGGAAGGCAGAACCAGAAACAAAGAGAGAGUAGAAAUCUUAGGAAAUUAUCAAAAAUUACUUCAUCGGUUACAUUGCAUUUCGUUCAUUUUUGACCAUUUUUACAGGAUCUUGGACAAUGUUACCGUAAUGAGGACUCUCAUGUUCUAUAUGUCAGUAUAGAUAUCUUGUUGGUCCGAAUGUUUUGCUGUUUGCUUCGUACGUAGCAACUGAAACUGUCAAGACACGUGAACCGGGUUUAGGUGAUGUUUGAUUCAUUGAUGUUUUGCUUCAAGAAAUGCAGGAAGACUGAAGACAUUGUUUUAGGUUGGCUAUGUCAAGUUUAUGUUUUGUAACUUGACAUUUUUUGGUUUAUGUUUUGUAACCUGUUGCAACUUAAAAUCCAAGCACUCUACAAUCUUAGAAACAAA